AUGAGCGAUUUUCCACGGGAGCGCGUGGUACCAGCGAGGCCCUUCACACUGGGGUCGAUUAUGCCGGGCCGAUUCAACUUCGCACAACCAAGGGGCGCAGGCCGCUCCUACAAGGCCUUCGUAGCGGUCUUCGUCUGCCUUGCUUCCAGAGCCGUACACCUCGAAGUAGUCUCCGACUACACGACCGAGGCCUUCCUUGCGGUCCUCAGGCGGUUCGUCUCUCGCCGAGGCAUCUGUCGCAACCUUCGAAGCGACUGCGGGACAACCUUCGUGGGAGCUGAUUCCCAGCUGACAGCCCUCUUCACCGCGGGCACGCCAGAAAGCCACCGGAUCAUCGACAGCCUCGCCUCCGAGAGGAUCGAGUGGAGGUUCAACCCUCCCUCAGCGCCGCACUUCGGAGGCAUUUGGGAAGCCGCAGUCAAGUCGCUCAAACACCAUCUCCGACGAGUGAUUGGCGACGCCAAGCUGACGUUCGAGGAGAUGAGUACCUUCCUCACUCAGGUAGAAGCGUGCCUUAAUUCGCGGCCGCUGCAGGCACUCUCGGACGACCCUGAGGACUUGGCUCCGCUGACGCCUGGACACUUCCUGGUGGGAGCCGCCUUGACUGCAGUGCCCGAGCCAUCUUUGCUGGAUGAACCAACGUUCCGCUUAUCCCGCUGGCAGCAAAAAAUGAGACCAUUUUUGGGAACGCUGGUCGAAGGAGUACUUCCACUCCCUUACUCACCGUCCUAA